AUGUCACCCACGUGGUCCAUCUCGUCCGCCCCCGACCACUUCCGCGGCAGCUUCGACUUCCCCAGCGGCGCGGCCGCCCAGAUCAGCUUCCCCUGCCAGCAGCCCCCCGGGCCACAGCAGCAGUACCCGCACCACCAGUACCCGGGUGGCGGGAUAGCGGGCGGAGCGCCCACCAACACGAUGGUCAGUUUUCCGAGCUCGGGGCCCCAGCCUACUACGACGGGGGUGUCAUCGGACUACGACGAGAGCCCCCUGAUGGGGCUGGCAUCGGCGACGACGACGUCUCCGUCCGGGGGGCGACAUCCCACCGGUGACGACCAAAACAAGAACAACAACAACAACAACAACAACACCACCGUCGUUGGUGACAGCAGCAGCGCCGGCUGCACAGGCAGGAACGCGGCGACGACGACGGGCGGCAAGGAGGAGCCGGAGCCGUACGCGCGGCUGAUCCACCGGGCGUUCAUGAGCUGCCCGGGGCGGCCGAUGACGCUGCAGGAGAUCUACCAGUGGUUCCGCGAGAACACGGACAAGGACAAGUCCGAGAGCAAGGGGUGGCAGAAUAGCAUCCGCCACAAUCUGAGCAUGAACGCCGCCUUCACCAAACCAGAACGUCUAUCCAACGGCGCCCCCGGGCCCAAGGAUGACAACGACGAGGACGGCGGCGGUGGCGGCGGCGGCGGCGAGGAGUCGUCCCCACGCGCGGGCGCCGGCAAGAAGUCGACAGAGUGGAUCCUCGAGCAGUGGGCCGCGCGCGACGGUGUCCAGAGCACGACGCGUUACCGCAACUCGCCGCGCCGCGGCGGUGCCGGCAAGGCCUCGUCCGCUGGGUCCCGGCCCAAGAAGAAGGGGCCGGCUAAGAGGGGCGUGGCUGGGACCGCCGCUGCCGCGCAGGCGGCUGAGUGGGAGGCCGACGUCCAGCAGCAGCAGGGACGGCGCCGGCAACGGCAGGCCCAGAAGCAGGCUCUGUUGCAGAGGCAGGAGCUGCAGGGACAGUACAUCCCCGUGGCUCCGGCGAUGGAACACCACCAGCAGCAGGACCAGUACCAACACCAGUACCACGGCCUACCCAUGCCCCUGACCCUCCCCAUGCAUAUCCACAACCGCCACCACAACGACCACCACCACCAGCAGCAACUCAGCACCUUCCUCCCCAGCACCUACGGCGGCAAAACCCCGGACUUUCCGGGCUACAGCCCCCCUCCCUCCUCCUCGGCGGCGGCGACCAUGUCUCUCUUCAACACGCCGCCGCCGCCGCCACCGCCACCGCCGUCAUCGUCGGCGGGGUCGGUGGUGCCGGCGACGGUCAAGAGCGAGGCCGAGGAGGCGGACGAGGCCAUGACGCCCGCCGAGUCCGGGUUCGCGUUCCGCGAGCCGGGCGUCCUGCUGCCCGAGCUGCAGCAGGUCGGCGGCGGGGACGUGGUCGCCGUCUACGGGGGGGCGGGGCGGGUGGUGGAUGUGUCGCAGUAUGGGCUGGGGAGCGUGGCGGGUGUCUACGAGGAGGGGCUUUUCCAGGGGUGUGUGUGGGAUCCGGAGGCGUCUUACGAUCAGUGCUGA